CCGGCCGUUUGAUGAACCAACGCCUUGCUAGCUGCAGCCGCUAUAAGCUAGCUGCUUCAGACGUUCGUCCACGUUUAGCCGCUUUUAGCGACAGUGCGCGAAGCGGUCUGAGCUUGGCAGCAAGCGUCCAGUGCCCUGUUUCCAUGGCGACGGCGCAACUUUUCUGUCGAGAAAUGAGGGAAAACGCAACUUUAUCCAGCCGUUUUAUCCUUCUAGCAUUUGACUAUCGCUAGCUUGACUCCACCACAGACAGGUGUGUUUGUGUGUGUGCCAGGGCAAGGUGUGUCUCUCUUUGUGUGUGUAUGUGUGUGUGAGAGGUGUGUCUCCCUCUCUGAGUGUGUGUGUGUGUGUGUGUACGCUCUUUGUUCAGUCUGUCUGGAACAGCCGGAGCAGCCGUCACACCUGAGCUCUCCUCCCGUUGCUGGAACUGUUUUGUUUUUUGUUUUGUUUUGUUUUUUGCUUUUUUGACUUUUAUCUGGAAUUUUCCGGACUUUCUGGAGGUUCUUCGCGGCCAUGAUCCGGAUCUCUUCCUGGUUCGUGGUGUGGAACCUCCUCCUGGUCUUCGCCUCGGCCGGCGCUCCAGUGCGGAAGAAGCGCCACUGGGUCCUUCCUCCGAAAAACCUGACGGAAAACAAAGAUUACACGAAGCAACCGUACAUCGCCAAGAUCCGCUCCGAUUUCGACGAUGGGACCAACAUGGUGUACUCCCUGGAAGGCGUCGGCGCCAACAGGGAGCCGUUCCACACCUUCGUGGUAAUACCCGAAACCGGGUACAUCAGAGUGACCCGAAUCCUGGACCGGGAGAAAAUUGACACGUACCACCUGUCAGGCGUCGCCCAUUUCCGGAACCAAACGCUGGCCGAGAAAAACAUCGACAUCCGGAUCAAGGUCGUGGACGAAAACGACAACGAUCCAGUCUUUGGGAAAAUGGCGCCCGCUGACGUUCUGGAGCUCAGCCCCGCAGGGACGACGGUGAUGAAGGUCAACGCCACGGACGCCGACGAGAAGGGAACCAAAAACUCCCAGAUAGCUUAUUCCAUCGUGGAGCAGAGACCCAACAACGACAUGUUCCUCAUGAGGACCGACGGAACGAUCUGCGUGAAAAAACCCGUCCUGGACCGAGAGGCGGAGGAUCGGUACGUUCUGGUGGUGAAAGGUCAGGACCUGAACGGGCAAGCCGGCGGGAGGAGCGGAACCGGAACCGUGACCAUCAACGUGCGAGACGUCAACGACAACGUUCCCACUCUGGAGAAAGAGCAGUACGACGGAACCAUCGAUGAGAACGUUAAGGGCGUGGAGGUGAUGCGGAUCAAAGCCCAAGACCUGGACCUGGAGGGGACGGAGAACUGGGACGCCGUCUUCGACAUCGUCAAAGGAAACGAGGCCGGCUACUUCAGCAUUACGACUGACCCCAAAACCAACGAGGGCGUCCUCAUGCUGGACAAGGCCGUGGACUACGAGGACGUGAAGAACCUGGACCUGGGUCUGACCGUGAGGAACAAGGCGCCGCCGUACGGUUCGGGAGCAUCUGGGAGCGGAGCUGGUAUCGGUUUUGGAGGCGGGGGAGGAGGCGGAGGUGGGGGAGGCGGCGGCGGCGGAGGCGGUGGCGGCGGCGGCGGAGGCGGCGGAGGCAGCGGCGGCGGCGGCGGAAGCAGCAGCAGUGGAUCGUCCUGGCAAAGCACAACAAGCUACAAAACGUACCCCAUCAACAUCAAAGUGAAGAACCAGCCCGAGGGUCCCCGGUUCGAUCCCAAAGUCAAAGCCAUCCCCGUCUCCGAGGGCGGAGCCAGCAUCAACUUCCAGGACGUCAUCGCCAAAUACCCGGCCAUCGACGGAGACACUCUGAAACCGGCGGAGAACGUCAGGUACGCCAAAGGUUUGGAUCCUGAUAGCUGGCUGACCAUCGACCCCAAAACAGCCGAGAUCCGUCUGAACAAGAUGCCUGACAGAGAGUCUCCGUUUCUGGUCAACGGAACGUACUUCGCUCAAGUUCUCUGCAUCUCCGAAGACAUGCCGGGUAAAACGGCCACGGGGACCGUCGCCAUCCAGGUGGAGGACCUGAACGACCACUGCCCCACGCUGACCAGUAGCUUCCGCAACCUGUGCACCAGCGACAACGCCGUGGUGGUGAACGCCGCCGACCAGGACGGAGAGCCCAACGGGCCGCCGUUCGAGUUCACGCUGGUCCCAGGAGGAACUGAAGGGAAGUGGCAGGUGGAGCACCUCAACGACACGGCGGCCAUCUUGAGAGCCCAGGAGACCUUGUGGCCCGGGCCCUACCGGGUGGAGUUUCUGGUGAAGGACCAGCAAGGCGAGUUCUGCCCGGAACCGCAGAAAGUCACCGUGGUGGUUUGCACCUGCGAGGACGGAGUGAACUGCGGGAAACGAGGCGCUCAGGGUCAGGUGACCAAAUCGUCCUCGCUGGGACCCGCCGGCAUCGGGCUGCUGCUGCUCGGCCUCCUGCUGCUGCUGCUGGCUCCUCUGCUGCUGCUCUUCUGCCGGUGCGGGGGGGCGGCGGGGUUCCCCGACCUCUUCACCGAGAUGCCGUUCGACACCAAGUCGCACCUCAUCAACUACCACACCGAGCGGCAGGGCGAGAACACGGAGGUUCCCCUGCUCAACCUGCCGGCGCAGCAAGUGGACGGCGGCGGUAUUCGCAUGGGCGCGGCCGCGCAGGAGGUGGCCGCCGCCCAGGCCGCCGACUUCCUGCAGGGAGCGCCCUCGCUGAGCGGGAUGAACGUGGGCGCCUACCAGGAGGGCGUUUCCGGAGGCUACAGGGAAGGAUUCUGGGAGAUGAACCAGCGGAGCGGCGGCGGCGGCGGCGGCAGCGCCUUCUACUCCGACUUCCAGAGCGGAGGAGGGGGCGGGAUCUUUGACGGCAUGGCGUUGCCGGACCACUUCCUGCAGCAGUACUACGACCAGGUGACCAGAGGAGGGGAGGAGCUGGCAGUCAAAGACGGCAUGUUGGUGUACGACUUCGAGGGUCGAGGCUCCCCCGCCGGCUCCGUCAGCUGCAGCAGCCUCCUGGAGAGCCGGGAUGACCUCCACUUCCUGGACGACCUGGGUCCCAAGUUCAAGACCCUGGCCGAGGUGUGCGGCGGCCAGAAGACCCCCGAGGAGCCUCGCGCCCCCCCGCCACAGCCGCCGCCGCCGCAGCCCGCCGUCACCAGAGUGGAGCGCUCGACGGUCCGGGGGUCCACGGAGCUGUCGACGGUCCGGGGGUCCACGGAGCUGUCGGCGGUCCGGGGGUCCACGGAGCGCUCCGAGUCGGUGACUCGGAGCGGCGGCGCCGCGGUUCGAACCCAGAGCGUUGUCCUGCCUCAGCAGCAGCAGCCCCCCAUCUACUACGCCGCCCCCCCGGCGGUGGUGCAGCCCAUGCACUACGUGGUCCAACCGCAGGUCCAGAGCACCCUGCUGCUCGCCCAGGCUCCGCCCACCAACCUGGUCCUGGUCCAGGACGCCCCGGCCGGACCCCCCCACGGCUCCCAGACCAUGAUGGUGGUGGAAGGCAGGGUCCCCUCGGGGAGCGUCAAGGUGCUGAAAGGGGGUCUGGUUCAAGGGGGGGCCCUCCAAUCAGGGGGUCUGAUUCAAGGCGGGACCCUUCAGUCAGGGGGUCUGAUUCAGGGGGGGACCCUUCAGUCAGGGGGUCUGAUUCAAGGCGGGACCCUCCAGUCAGGGGGUCUGAUUCAAGGCGGGACCCUUCAGUCAGGGGGUCUGAUUCAGGGGGGGACCCUCCAGUCAGGGGGUCUGAUUCAGGGGGGGACCCUCCAGUCAGGGGGUCUGAUUCAGGGGGGGACCCUCCAGUCAGGGGGUCUGAUUCAGGGGGGGACCCUUUCCGGCCCCCAGAGAAUGGUGGUGAUGGAGUCGAGCAGCAGCAGCAGCGGCGGCGGCAGCGGCGGCGGCGGCGGGGGGGGGAUGAACCCGGGCGGGGGCUCCCAGACCCGAAAGACCACCCGAACCACCCGGACCAGCAGCACCCUGACCUCCGCCCCCCGCUGAGUGUUUUCCAGACUUUUCCGGGCCGCUUCCAGUGGUGAAGGGAUGCUUUUUACUUCACGUUCCGGGCUUUUUUUUAUUUCCUUCUUCUUCUUCUACUGUAUUUUUUUGGAACCAAUAAAGAAAUCUGAAAUACUCCA